GCCACCCGCCGAAGCCGAACCGGCGCCUGGCCCCUCAUCCCCGCCGGUCCCCACUGGCGGCUGCUGCCCGACUCCCCGAGGCCCAGGGUCGCGAGCUCCCAGCCUUUUGCUCCCUCCGCUGCUAGGGGACCCGGCAGCUGCGCAGCCUCCACCGCUCUUGGCUGCGGGGACCCUGCGAACCAUGUCGGAAGAGAACGACACGGAGAAAGCCAUCAAGGAGACCUCCAUUUUGGAAGAAUACAAUAUCAAUUGGACUCAGAAGUUGGGAGCUGGAAUCAGUGGUCCAGUUAGAGUCUGUGUAAAGAAAUCUACCCAAGAACGGUUUGCACUGAAAAUCCUUCUUGAUCGUCCAAAAGCUAGAAAUGAGGUACGCCUGCACAUGAUGUGUGCCAUACACCCAAAUAUAGUUCAGAUUAUUGAAGUGUUUGCUAACAGUGUACAGUUUCCUCAUGAGUCCUGUCCCAGGGCUCGACUCUUAAUUGUAAUGGAGAUGAUGGAAGGGGGAGAGCUAUUUCACAGAAUCAGCCAGCACCGGCACUUUACAGAGAAGCAAGCCAGCCAAGUAACAAAGCAGAUAGCUCUGGCUCUACAGCACUGUCACUUGUUAAAUAUUGCGCACAGAGACCUCAAGCCUGAAAAUCUCCUUUUCAAGGAUAACUCUUUGGAUGCUCCAGUGAAGCUGUGUGAUUUUGGAUUUGCUAAAAUUGACCAAGGUGACUUGAUGACACCUCAGUUCACCCCUUAUUAUGUAGCACCUCAGGUUUUGGAGGCGCAGAGAAGGCAUCAGAAGGAGAAGUCCGGCAUCAUACCUACCUCGCCAACACCCUACACUUACAACAAGAGCUGUGACUUAUGGUCCUUGGGGGUGAUUAUCUACGUGAUGCUGUGUGGAUACCCUCCUUUUUACUCCAAACACCACAGCCGGACUAUCCCAAAGGACAUGCGGAGAAAGAUCAUGACAGGCAGUUUUGAGUUCCCAGAAGAAGAGUGGAGCCAGAUCUCAGAGAUGGCCAAAGACGUUGUGAGAAAGCUCUUGAAGGUCAAACCAGAGGAAAGACUCACCAUUGAGGGAGUAUUGGACCACCCCUGGCUCAACUCCACCGAGGCCCUGGAUAACGUGCUACCUUCUGCUCAACUGAUGAUGGAUAAGGCGGUGGUUGCAGGGAUCCAGCAGGCUCAUGCCGAACAGUUGGCCAACAUGAGAAUCCAGGAUCUGAAAGUCAGCCUCAAACCCCUGCACUCAGUGAACAACCCCAUUCUAAGGAAGAGGAAGUUACUUGGCACCAAGCCCAAGGACGGCCUUUAUAUCCAUGGCCAUGAGAAUGGAGCUGAGGAUUCAAAUGUUGCCCUGGAAAAGCUUCGAGACGUGAUUGCCCAGUGUAUUCUCCCCCAGGCUGGAGAGAAUGAAGAUGAGAAGCUGAACGAAGUAAUGCAGGAGGCCUGGAAGUAUAAUCGGGAAUGCAAACUCCUGAGGGAUACUCUGCAGAGCUUCAGCUGGAAUGGUCGUGGAUUCACAGAUAAAGUAGAUCGACUAAAACUGGCAGAAAUUGUGAAGCAAGUGAUAGAAGAGCAAACCACUUCCCAUGAAUCCCAAUAAUGACGGCUUCAAACUUUUUUUUUUUUUUUUUUUAGCAAUUUGAAAAAUUAUUCUUUAAUGUAUAAAGUAAUUUUUAUGUAAAUCAAUAAAUCAUCAUUUCAUUUCCACAUUGCUUAACAUUGCUAUAUAGAUUUAUGUACGGGAUUUACUAAUAGUAUAGUUAUUGUUUUAGAAAAGCUCAGUUUCUAGAGGCAUACUAUUAUUUUAGGACAUAUGGUCUUAUAUUUAUAAGAUGAUAGGUGGAAUUGUAUCUGUCAGUCAAGCAAGAUUAUCUUCUUUCUAAUAAAGUAAAAGAAACCACAUGCCAGGGUUAGAUAAAGAAAGGACCAACUAUACUGACCUUUCUGUGCCAUCAGUAGAUUAGCUCACAAUCAAUCACUGCAGACUGCCUGGUGGAGGUCACAGAACGCACACUUGGGUGCCUCUGCCAUGGAAGAGGAAGGAACUACUGUGCUUUCAUUUCUCUUGCUCCUAAUUCCCCAGAGAAAAGUGGCACCGUUCCUUUUUGUCAUGUUUGUUUAAAGGGUAUUGGUGUGUUUCUUAAAUCUAAUGGAAUUCACUUUGGGGUUUAUUCUUUACAUGUGUAACCAGAGCUUCCCUUUACCCUUCCCUGAGAUCCCAUUUGGUCCUCUCUGCCCCCGCAUCCUCCACUUACUCCGUCACUUGUUAAUUCCUUUCCCUAUUCUGGCCCCAAUUUUGGGAUGAUUUUCCUGAGAAAAUUGUAUAUAAUAUAAACUGGACUUUUUAACAUUAGCUUUUAAAGUGAUCCACUUUUUCCUCUGAAAGCUGCCCAUUUUUCUCUAAUGUUUCUGCCUGGAUUUCUUGAUGGCAUCCUGUGGGCUGUAUUUAUUUUCUUCAGUACCCUUCAUUUUCAGGAAGCAUAAUUCUGGCUCAGAUAGCAGUUGUUUAAUGAAAAAUAAAAAUAGAUGUGCACCUAGUUUUCUUUUGUGCACAUGGACACAAACUUUUUUUUUUAAACAUUUUUUGGUGGGUAUCUGUGUCAAUAAAUAGAAAAGCUUAUAGACAAAUUCUAGCUCACAGGACAGGGUAAGAGGAUGAGUAGUCUCAACUAUUCAGGUUUUUUUUUUUUUUUUUUUUUUAAUGUUUACUUUUUAGUUGUAGUUGGACACAAUACCUUUAUUUCACUUAUUUAUUUUUAUGUGGUGCUGAGGACCGAACCCAGGGUCUCACACGUGCGAGGCAAGCGCUCUACCGCUGAGCCACAACCCUGGUCCUUAGCUAUUCUGUUUUAUCCUGUCAGCUAUUCUCUGUAAUCAAAAUCAAUCCCACAAAGCUCACUUAUUUUUUUUUUAAUAUUUUCAGUUGUAGAUAGAUAUCUUUAUUUUUUUAUAGGGUGCUGAGAAUUGAACCCAGUGCCUCACAAGUGCUGCUAGGCAAGCACUGUACCACUGAGCCACAACCCCAGCCUGCUCACUUAUUUUCUGACUCUUAUAUUUUGCUGAGUAUGCCUUCAGGAUGACAUCUGGUCAUUGUGUCACUUAAGAGUGCAACUGAUUUGGGGAAUGUAUGAUAAAAACACCCAAGUAUAUUUUUUUUUAAUAUUUAUUUUUUAGUUAUAGUUGGACACAAUACCUUAAUUUUAUUUUUAUGUGGUGCUGAGGAUGGAACCCAGGGCCUCGCAUCUGCUAGGCGCGUGCUCUACCACUGAGCCACAACCCCAGCCCACCAAAGAAUCUUUUAAGAAUUUCUUUAUUACACUGAUUGAAUUUUAUCUUAAAGAAUAUGUAAUUCAAGGUAUUUUUUAAGGUUAAGUAAAACCUUGCAAAAAGAACUGGAUACUUUUCAAGAUAGCAAAAUCGAUCAGUUAAGCAGCAGAGAAAACCAAAAUGUUUAUUUACUACCAGAAAAUUUAGCUGAGAGUUGAAUUAAGGGCCUAUUUAGUUUUUCAGCGAAAUGCAAUCAUUUCUUGAAGUGAGGGAAAAUGCACUUAUUUCUGAGAUAUCUGAACCCCUCUAGUGUUCCUACCUGAGGGCAGGCAGGAGUUCAGUAUUCCAUGGGGAGAGGAAGACAGUAAUAUACCUUUGUUGCUCUUUCUUUAAAAGAGCCUUCUAGCAUUAACUUCUCAAAUUUUAUUAUUUGGGUAUCUUCUAAAGACUCAGGCUGAUUUUUUUCUUUUUCCUUAGAGUGUGGUCAACUUUACGCCUUGAUGUAAAAUGGCAUCCAAAAUGAUACUUCUUUUUAGUCUAAGCUUCAGUUUCUUGUGUUUUAGUCACUUCAGAUUGAAUUCAUGAGAGCUGCCUGACUCCAGACAUGUCCCAGAUGAGCACCAUGCUGGAAGUCUAUAAAACCCUGGCGGAUGCUCUAGCUGUUGUAACACAAAAGAGGGCCCUACCCUGAUUGGAGCCCCUUGAAAAAGCAGUAGGCUCCCCAGAGACUCAAUACUGUUUGGUCUUCAAAGUGUUUUGUUUGUGUAUUCCUAAGCCAGUAGUAAAUUGUGUUUUAACAUACAAAUCAGGUUUCCUGGUGAUACAAAAUCCACACAUAACUGAAAGUGAAAUCAUAUAUCUUCCUUGUAUUUCACAGACUAACACCCACCUGUGGACACUUAACAUUGUAGGAACAGUUCUUGUAAAGCUGCAGUUUACAAUCUAGAGUUUCCCCCACAUGACUUGCUGACCCUCUGCUGAUUAAGACCAUUACUCAAUUACCUUUAGACUUGAGGUAGAACGACAUCCUUAUGUUUUUCUGGCUAAUGUAUUGUAUGAUCAUAGGAGAAUGCCUGUGAGAAAUUUAUCUUUUUGAAACAUGGAAUUCUUAUUAAAAGAGCUUAUAUUGUAUCUGGGUGAGAAAAACAAGUUGAAAGAAUAGCAGGUAUUGUUGGUCAAAGAAAGUUGAAAGAUUUAAAUCAGAUCUUGUCUAUCAGUUUGUGUGUACAUGUGUAUUUACUGAGAGCUGGGAAAACUGGAUAUUUCAUUUUAGUUAUAUAUUUUUUAAAUUUAAAAGGUACAUUGUUCUUCCAUGAUUGACUCUUGAUUCUUUUAUUCCAUCAAAUGACAAAAUAGGUAGGAAAUUAUCCCUACCUAUUUUGGUUAUAACACAAGAGAAGUACCCUAAAAUCUUAAGUAUUAUUUCCAAACUCUAUAAUUUGAAGUGGACUUGCUCUUACAUAAACUAUAAGAAGAAAAGAAAUCAUUUCACUUUUAUUGCUAUAAAUUUUCUAAUGAAUUUAUGAUGUGACAGUAUGAAUUUUCUUGCUAUAUGCUAAUGAAAUAUUUUAUCAACUGUUAGAAAUUAAGUUUUUUGUUUUUUGGUUUUGGAUACUAGGGAUUGUAUACUCAGGGGCACUUGACCACUGAUUCACAUCCCCAGGCCUAUUUUUGUAUUUUAUUUAGAGACAGGGUCUCACUGAGUUGUUUAGCACUUUGAUUUUUGCUGAAGCGGACUUUGAACUUGCAGGCUUCUUGUCUCAGUCUUCUGAGCCAUGGGGACCUACAGGCGUGUGCCACCAUGCCCAGUGAAAUUAAGUAUUAUUAAUUGGAGAUAGAUAAUGAGUUCAUAUACUCUCAUGGUGAUAUCUGAUACCUUUUGGUACCAUUAUGAUUCUAUUCUGAAGUAGAGCAUUUCCCCAUUGCCAAGUGUUACCCAUAGUCACACCUUGUAUUUUACAGGUUUUAUGCUAUAAAUAUUUGACUUAAUAUAAAAUUAUUUUUAUGCAAGAUAAAAAACAUCUUAGUUAAUCUUAGAAUGCACAGAGAAUGAAUAACUGGGCCAAAAAUAAGUAAACAGAGCUUCUCUUUCCUUUUAAAUUUUUACUGCUAAAAUCACCAACGAAAAAAUUCACAUCAAAACCAAAUCCAAGGGCUGGGGUCCUGGCUUAGUGGUAGAGUGCUUGCCUAGCAUGUGUGAGGCACUGGGUUCGAUUCUGGCACCACAGAUAAAUAAAGGUCCAUCAACAACUAAAAAAAUCUUUAAACACAAAACAAAACAAAAAAAAACAACCCAAGGACUUUCACAGACACUGUACAGUUCAAUUUAAGUUAUAAAGUGAAGAACUUUUUAGAAAUCUUAACCUAUUUUACUUAUUUCUUUUGGUACCAGGGUUGAACCCAGGGGCAUUCAACCACUGAGCCAUAUCCCCAGCCCUUUUUUAUAAUUUAUUUAGAGACAGGGUCUUGCUGAGUUGCUUAGGGCCUCACUAAAUUACUGAUGCUGGCUAUGAACUUGUAAUCCUCCUGCCUCAGCCUCCCGAGCCACUGGGAUUAUAGGCAUGUGCCACUGUACCCACUUAUUUUAUUUUCUUGAUCAGGGUAACUAGAUACAUGAUUAAACAGUUUUAUUUUGCCACACAUUUUUAUAUUGGAUCGGUAGAGAAAAACUGAAUUUUUAAAAAUGUACAUAUAUAUUUUUUAGUUGUCGAUGUACUUUUAUUGUUUUUAUUUCUAUGUGGUGCUGAGAAUUGAACCUAGUGCCUCACACAUGCUAGGCAAGUGCUCUACCACUGAGCUACAGCCUCAGACCCUAAACUUUUUUUUUUUUUUUUUGCAGCUCUAGGGAUUCAACGCAGGCCCUGGUCCAGGCCAGGCCAGGAUUUCCUGUGCUAUGGAAACCACCCAAGACCAGGAGGGAAGCAAGAAUAAAGAGAUACACCCUGAAGGCAAUAAGAUUCAGAGUUGGAUGGAAACCAACCAAAAGGAAGCCAGCACAGAUGUGGGGAUGAUAU